AUGAUUUAUGUGACUGGCAAUCUUUUGAGUUCGAUUCCAAUUAUUGAUUUGUCUUCAGAAUUGACAUCUUUUAUUAAUAUAUUCUGUGUCAGGGCUGAUUACUGGGUAUCUCAACAGCGCCAUUGGUGCAAGUACUGCAAAAAGUUUAUUGCCAACAACAAGCCUUCGAUUCAAAUCCACGAAACAGGUCUUGCGCAUAAGAACCAAGUUGAGAAUUUUCUUCGCGAUGUUUAUAAGCGUGGAAAGGAAGAGAAGAAACAAAGUGAGAGUGUCCGUAGAGAAUUACAGCGCAUUGAAAAGGCAGCUCUAUUAUCAUAUAAUGGAAAAGAUACAGGAAAUGUUCCCUUACAGGCUUCACCAGCACCAGCCGUACGUAGUGGAAUAGAAGCUUACGGUAUUGGUGAGUAUGGCUCUGGAUUAUAUGGUUCGGAUGCCUUUGCUCGUUCAGAGGGGAAAAUGCCUGUACCAGAGCACCCGAAUGUGGAUAAAGAGCCUGUGGAUGAAGUAGUUUUACAGGGACGUGAAGAGUGGGCAGUCCGUAGUGCAAUUGCAUUGGCAGGAGAGUGGGAAACAGUCGUCCCUAAGCCUACGUCUGCUCCGCAAAAUACUUCUGAAACAUCUGCGUCGGCAUUAAAGAAGGAAGAUCCUACUCGGCCAGAAGAGGAAGAGGAAGAAGAUGAAGAAGACUUGAGAAACUUCAAAAUCAAGGAAAAAGAAUAUCCUGUCACUAUCACUAGUCUCGAUGAAACCGUUGAAGUAGAAGAGAUGGUUUUCAAGAAACGCAAAAAUACGGCUAGUACUGUCAAGAAAAGAAAUAUUCGUAGAAAGACUGACACACAAGAUUAUGAUUAG